AUGGGAUUGGGAAAGACAAUUCAAGCAAUUGCUGUAGCGUCUUAUUACAGAACAAAAUGGCCGUUACUUAUUGUUGUUCCAUCUUCUCUUAGGAUGACAUGGAGAAGGGUAAGUCCUGUGUGGACAUAAGUAUAAUGUACGUGUAAAGUAUUAUCACUUACAUUACACAAGGCACAAGCAAAAAAAAUGUGUUUUCGAGUUUUGUGGCAAAUGCUAGAAAACUCGAAAAGGCACACUCUUAAAAACAUUGAAAUGUCCUGCAUGUUCACCUAGAAAUAAACUUAUUGACUGGGACAGAGGAAAACUGUACGUUUUGUUGACCCGAGACUGCCAAAAACAUUGGCACCCGAAAGUCCCAUUAAGUAUUUUAUUGUAACUACUGUAAAGUUAAGUGUCAAAGAACUGUAAACCGGUUUUGCUUUAUUGCUCAACGAUUUUGUUAUUCACCGGUGAAUAAUGUCCACCGCUAAGAGCUGUUGCCAGGAGACGUUCAUGCGUUCUCGUCCAACAAAAUUCAAGAAAUGAUGAACUUUGAUACUUGGUAUAUAAUAAUGCUAUAAUAAUUUGGGUUAACAUAAUAUUCCUCGUUACAUUUCCUUGCUAUUUUAUCUCACUUCCUAUAACCAAAACUGCAAACCCGUCCUCGACAAACUUGUCAAUAAACUCAUGCUUUCGUGUCAAAAUAUUUGUGCAACUGUACAUUCCUAGUCCCAUAUCUGCAGGGUGCGAUAAUUCAAUAUUUUUAGUCGUUCCUAACUGGUACGCCAAUGGUUGUUGCCGCGUACUUGCGCAGGUACAAACUCAGUCCUCAAUGUGCAUUUCAUAGUCAUUAAAAUAAGGUUCAUAAAGUACAGGUUUCUGAAAAGUAUAUUCAGACUACGAGGUAGAAAAAGAAGCACAAUUGCAUAUACAAGCAAUCGAUUCCAACGUUUCUUAGUGCCAUUAGUUCAAUCAUGUUUCAUGCCAAGACAUCUCAAACACAUGAUGUGCCAACUAAAUAACGGUAUUCAAUAUACCUUGGGCUUGGUCAUGGGGUACCAGCAAAAUGUAAGUAUAUACGCGGAUAGCAAGACUUCCACAUACCCACGUACCAGAAAACAAGGAAGUACCAGACCGUAAUAUUGGCGUACCUCCGGUACGUAAGUACGCGAAUUAUCGCACCCUGUAAUGUCUGAAUGUUUUCACACGUAAAGAAGAUACCUUUUUCGGGCGACAGGAAGCGUCGCCGGUUUUGAUAAUACCAUAUAAUUUUUUUAAUGUCACUAAGAAGCUUGUUAUAUUUGAGCAGGCCGUCAAUGUUAAAAUAAUCAGACUAUAUUCUAGGUGGAUAUGAUUAGUACCUAGCAUAGUCUGAUUAUUUUAACAUCAGAUAACAAUGAUCCAUGGUAUUUAUACAUUUUUCCAGGCGUUGAUUCGUUGGCUUCCUUCAGUACGACCUGAGCAGGUGAACGUUGUUUUAACGGGCAAAGAUGAGCCUAGUAUUGGUCUGGUGAAUGUCAUAAGUUAUGAUCUUCUGACUAAAAAGAUUAAGGAAAUCCAAAAAGUUGGAUACAAGGUCAUUAUAGCG